AUGGAUGGUUUAGGUUUUAAGGAGGGGACUAAGUGGAACAAAGUUUUAUUGGCAAAAUUUAUUUGGGCUUUAUCCUCUAAACAAGAUGUGUUGUGGGUUAAGUGGAUUGACGAGCUUUAUCUCAAAGGUCAAUCUUUUUGGAAUUAUACAUUAAAAUCAGAUGUUAGUUGGUAUUGGCGAAAUUUAUGCUAUCUAAAAGAGAUGUUUUUAGAAGAGGAUUUGGAGGCUUCGACUGUGAAUGUUAAGCUGAAUCUGAAGGUUCUGUAUAGUUGUUGGCUUCAGAGGGACCCGGUCUCUUUUGCUAAGGCUGUAUGGAGUAGACUUACUGUCCCUAAGCAUUGUUUUAUAUUAUGGCAAUCGGUCCUUGGUCAUCUGAUGACUAGAGACAAUUUGAUGCAUUGUCAGAUUUCUGUUGCAUCAUCCUUGUGUCCGGUUUGUGAGAGAGUUGAGGAGUCUCAUAUGCAUUUGUUCUUUGAUUGUAUCUUCUCUCAACAUGUUUUGGAGUUGAUUAAAAUCUGGUUAGGUCCUGCUAUUUGGCCAGUGCAGUAUGAAGAUUGGAAGAAUUGGUUAGAGGGGAAGCCUAAAGACUUAAUGCAACACAUUGCUGUAGCCUCCUUGGCAGCUGCUGUCUAUUGUAUUUGGUUUAACAAAAACUCUUGUAUUUUUGCUCAUUGUUCUUUCUCAUCUCAUUGUAUAGAUUGUAUGAUUAAGUUGGGAUUGAAAGCUAGAUUACUUAGUAUAUUGAGUCGAAAAUUACUGGACAAGAAUCGGUCACUUGCUGAGUUUGUUAGGAAGUUGUAA